AUGGAAGAAAAGUCGAUGCUCAACUUCUCCACAGCUAAGGCCGAGGUAACCAUCGACCUCGACGACCUUCAAGAGGGGACGGGUGUUCACCAGCGGCCGCCGCCCAUCAACACGCUCUCUGCUCGGCAGAUGGAAUCCCUUAUUGCUAUCUGUGACGCCCUACUCCCCUCCAUAGACCUUCCCGCUGCGGACAACGACUCCAUACGCAAGUUCUUCGGUCUCUCCGCCUCCCUGGCUGGCACGCCAGAGAUGGUGACCCCCGUCGUCACUGCCGCCUCCACCUCUUUUACUUCGAAACCUUAAAUUUUGUUCCUCUUCGCGGGUGCAGGUGGGGGCGUACAUAUGUGGAAGGCUGCAACACAUAACGCUGGAUUUGCUCAAGCUGACUCUGUGGUUCCUCUCGACGUGGUACGGUACCUUCGCGAUCUGCGGGAUGAAGAGCCUGUCGGGGCGGUUCCCAUACUUCAGGAGGCUAUCGGAGGUGCCCCGGGGACGGCGGGAGGAGAUCCUCCUAUCUUGGUCGAGCAGCCCACUCCGCCUGUUAAGGCUUCUCUUCAGGUCUUUGAAAACCCUGGUGCUUCUCAUCUACUUCACGCAGGUAGGUCGAAAGCAUCGUUGAACCUUUGCCUUGCCUUCCUCUAGUUUCCAGUGAAUGUGGGGAAACCAACCCGCCCCCUCCCCUCCCACCGUCGGAAGAGGGAGCAGAGGUCACGAGAGGAUACACGGGAAAAGUUCUCCUUGGUUAUAACCGGACCUUAUCUCCACCGGACGUCUCUCUCCCUCUCCCCCCCGGCCCUGCACCGUCGUCGGAAGAGAAAGCAGAGAUCACGAGAGGGCAAGGGGGCAUUUCUCUUUUGAUAUGACCGGACCUCCGGUAAAAUACUCAGAGGGACACAUAAUGGCCUCAGCUGUAACCGAGUUUGGUGCGAUAAGCAGCGUGUUGUGGACGCACUUCAUCAAAUAGAAGAGAUGACGCCGAUGACCUCAUCGAUGAGCAUCGUCACCAAGAUUUGGGUUCAUGUUUCAAGAUCUUGGGUAUCGCCUCUUCUGACUUCCUGGGCCCUCGGCAUUUCUCGUGGAGUAAGAGGAUCUCAGGCUUCUUUCUGACAGCAGUCGCCAUGACGCCCUCCAACUCCCCGACGAGUCGCUGCGCAUCGCAUUCAUGAAACCCCAACUAGGGGAGGAGGGAAGGGCAGCAGUUUGGGGCGGGUGGAGAAAGAAUGUAUGGCCGCGUAGAAAUUAGAGGAAGAAGUGCUCACGUUCUCAGAGGCCACGAAGAUUACAGACCAGUUGAGAAUAUGUGGGCAUUAAGGGAAAUAACAAAGUCACAAGGUGUUGAUUGGACGUGAAACCAUAGUUACUAGCAAGUUGUCCGUCCGAAAGGACGAGCACAUGAAACUUUUCUCCCUUUUUUUUCAACACGUGCGUUUUUGCUUUCAGGUCAACGAGAAGGGCGAAAAUCCGACUUGGAAGGCCAUUGGCUACUGCGGUCCCGAUCCCGACUUCGUCCGCCAGCUCGUCCCCGCACCAGAAAUGCCCUCCAAACCGGAGGAGAAAGGCUCUUCUCCGACCUCCACCGACCGGACAAGCCGCCUCGGCCCGCUCCACCCCGCCCUCGUCCUCCUCGAUCGCCCCCCCGCGGCGAUCGCCGCCGCCCUUGGCCGUGCCGGCCUCUCCCUCUCCGUCGUCCGCUGUGCCCGACGAGGAGUCCCCACCGCCACCAUCCGCUGCGAUGUCGUCGUGGUCGGCUCCGGAUCAGGCGGCGGCGUAGUGGCCGGCGUGCUGGCCCGGGCAGGUCACAAGGUUGUGGUGGUGGAGAGGGGGCAGUACCACGCCCGCCAAGGGCUCACCCUCCGGGAAGGCCAUGCGAUGGACAACAUGUACGAAGGCAGCGGCCUCGUCGGCACGGACGACCUCGGCGUCAUGAUCCUCGCCGGCUCCACGGUCGGGGGCGGGUCGGCGAUCAACUGGUCGGCGUCCAUCCGAACCCCCCGGCACGUAAUGGACGAGUGGUGCGACGCCCACGGCCUGGAACUAUUUGGCAGCGACGCCUACAUGGAGGCGAUGGACGCCGUGUGUGCCCGGAUGGGCGUGCAGUCUGAGGUCUCCGAGGAGAGCUUAAAUAACACCGUCCUCCGGCGAGGCUGCGCGGAGCUCGGAUACCCAGUGAGCACAAUUCCCCGAAACUGCGCCGGAGACCACUACUGCGGGUGGUGUUGCUUUGGGUGCAAGGACGGGGGAAAGAAGGGAACCUCCGAGACGUGGCUUCUCGACAUGUCCGAGUCCGGAAAUGGCGUUAUCCUGCCGGGAUGCACCGCCGUGAAAGUCCUCCACCGCCGCCAGACAGGCCACCGACGCCCAGUGGCCACCGGAGUGCUAGUCCGAUUUCAAGGUGGCAGAACGGAGAAAAUGAUAGUGGUGGAGUCGAAGGUGACGGUGGCGGCGUGCGGGGCCCUGCGCACGCCGCAGCUACUCCUGCACAGCGGCCUGCGGAACGCCAACAUCGGCCGACAUCUACAUCUCCACCCGGUGGUGAUGGCGUGGGGUCACUUCCCCGAGUCACCGCCGUCGAGGAGGCCGGACGGGGAGAAGAAGAGCUACGAGGGGGGAAUCAUGACGGCCAUGUCGACGGUGGUCGCCAAUUUCGAUUCCAACGGGUACGGAGCCAUAAUCCAGACGCCGGCGUCGCACCCCGGUGCAUUCUCGGCGCUAAUGCCCUGGACUUCUGGAUCCGACUUCAAGGAGAGAAUGACAAGGUUCUCGCGUACGGCACACAUCUUCGCUCUCGCGCGCGAUCAAGGCUCCGGCGACGUCCGUACCUUCCCGGAAUCUCUGGAAUACAAACUGGACGCGGGUGACGAGGAGAAUCUUCAGGGGGGGGUGGAGAAGAUGCUGCGCAUCCUGGCGGCGGCGGGGGCGGAAGAGAUCGGGACGCACCACCGCAGCGGGGAGCGGCUGAACGUGAAGACGGCGACCUUCCGGGAGUUUGAGGCGUUCGUGUGGCGGGCUGGUCGGCGCCAGUUGAGUAAACAGUCGACUCCUGUGUGCUCGGCUCACCAGAUGGGGAGCUGCCGGAUGGGGAUCGACCCGAGGACGUCGGCGGUGGAUCCCACAGGGGAGACAUGGGAGAUGGAGCGGCUGUACGUGGCGGAUACCAGCACCUUCCCAACUGCGCUUGGAGUUAACCCCAUGGUGACGGUGCAGACCAUUGCCUACUGCACCGCGCAGUCUGUGCUGCAGGUGCUCAGAAGGAGCAGGAAGAGGAAAGGCGGCUGCAACGUCGAUACUGGCUUGUGCUGA